AUUAUUGACCAUUUUCUCCUAUAAAUACAUACUUGCUCCUUAUUUUUUCAACUCAAUACCCAAAGAAGUGGACUCGAAAUUCAUGUUCAAUCCUUAAUUAUAUUAUAUAUAGCUACCUAGCUAGCAGAAUAUUGAGUUUAAUUUGUCAUGGCUUCUAAUGGAGUUAAUGAUCAUCUAGAAAAGAGGACAAAGGAGGAGAAAGCGAUAGAUGAUUGGCUACCGAUAACGUCGGAUCGGAAUGCCAAGUGGUGGUUCUCAACCAUGCACAAUGUGACAGCCAUGGUUGGUGCUGGUGUUCUUAGUCUCCCUUUUGCCAUGUCUCAGAUGGGAUGGGGACCUGGUGUAACAGCAAUGUUACUAUCUUGGAUUAUAACUUUUUAUACAAUCUGGCAAAUGGUGGAGAUGCAUGAAAUGAUACCUGGCAAGAGAUUUGAUAGGUACCACGAGCUAGGCCAGUACGCGUUUGGUGAAAAACUUGGCCUAUGGAUUGUCGUGCCACAACAAAUCGUAGUAGAGGUUAGCACUUGCAUUAUUUACAUGGUCACUGGUGGUAAAUCAUUGAAAAAAUUUCAAGAUAUUGUUUUCCCACAUACCAAACCACUAAAGCUCACAUAUUUCAUCCUCUUCUUCUCCGUUAUCGAAUUUUUCCUGUCUCUCCUGCCGAAUUUCAACUCACUCUCCUCUGUCUCCUUUGUUGCCGCGAUUUUGUCCAUCACUUACUCUAUCGUGGCGUGGACUACGUCACUAAAGGAACAUGAUGCAGCAGUAGUUAGUUAUGAUCCAAGGAGUGACAAAAAUUCAGACAAUGUGUUUAUGUUUUUGAGUGCCUUAGGGAAUGUAGCAUUUGCAUAUGCUGGACAUAAUGUAGUUCUUGAAAUUCAAGCUACAAUUCCUUCUACACCAGAGAAACCUUCAACAAAGGCAAUGUGGAGAGGUGUAUGGAUAGCUUAUUUGGUAGUGGCAUUCUGUUAUUUGCCAGUGGCUUUCAUUGGAUAUUGGGCGUUUGGUAAUGGAGUGGAUGAUAAUAUUUUGCUCACACUACAUAGACCUACCUGGCUUAUUGCAGCUGCUAACAUCUUUGUGGUGGUUCAUGUCAUUGGGAGUUACCAGGUUUAUGCAAUGCCAGUAUUUGACAUGAUAGAGACAUAUGCUGUGAAGUCAUUAAAAUUUAAACCAUCAACUCCUCUUCGUGUCUUUCUGCGUAUGGUUUUUGUUGCAUUCACAUUGUUUGUGGCCUUGACAUUUCCAUUCUUUGGAGGUUUAAUGGGAUUCUUUGGAGGGUUUGCUCUUGCACCAACCUCAUACUAUCUUCCAUGUAUCAUCUGGCUUAUUCUCAAAAAGCCCAAAAGAUUUGGCUUGUCAUGGACUAUCAAUUGGUUAUGCAUCAUAGUGGGUGUACUUUUGACUCUUUUAUCUCCUAUUGGUGGAUUAUGGAGCAUCAUCAAAGAUGCCAAGACUUAUCACUUCUACCAAUGAUGCACCAGCCAAUGUCAUUUUCUGGAAUUUUUUAUAUUUAGAAUUUAAAGAAAAAACAUUUGCAUUUUUUUUUUUUUUUUAAAUUUAGAGAUGCUUAUGAUGAUAUAUCUUAGUUUAUUGUAAUGGAGAGAUGCAAAUUUUUAACGAGAAAAAUUGGCAAUUAAGCCUCUUCAAGUU